ACUGGCGGGGCCGCUCCAAUUCUGACUCGCGCGGGCUCGCUACGUAGAGGCUCCUCCCACGGGCUCAGGGCGAGGUAUUGCGCAAGCGCACCCGCCGCGGGCGGGAAGUUUGCCUUAGUUCGCUUGCCGUAGCGGCCUCCCUGACUGAAGAGUUGGCGCUGGGAGGAGGUUCUGUUUUGGCUGCCGUUGCCCGCCAUUCACGUGCAGGUCCUCAUCAGCAGUUUUCCCAUAGGGCUGCUUUGAGACGGAAGUGAAGCAUGACAGGCCAGGAUCUCAGCCAUUUACAAUUUAAAGUGGCGGGUCAUCAACCUCUUUUGCCACUAACUGAAUGAAUGGGCCAAAUUACAGGAAUGUCUGGAACAGAAUUGACAAGAAAUGGAAUCAGCAGCAGCAAUGCUAGCUCCAGUAUGUGGUUUGGACAGUGUCAGUAUACAGCAGAUGAGUACCAGGCCGUCCAGGCUGCCCUGCGACAGAGAUUGGGCCCAGAAUACAUCAGUAGCCGGCAAGCUGGAGGAGGACAGAAGGUUUGCUACAUUGAAGGGCACAGAGUCAUCAGUCUGGCCAAUGAAAUGUUUGGCUACAAUGGCUGGGCUCAUUCUGUCACUCAGCAGAAUGUCGAUUUUGUGGAUCUUAAUAAUGGCAAGUUCUACGUGGGGGUCUGUGCCUUUGUGAAAGUCCAACUUAAGGAUGGCUCAUACCAUGAAGAUGUUGGCUAUGGAGUAAGUGAAGGCUUGAAGUCUAAGGCUUUGUCCCUAGAAAAAGCAAGGAAGGAAGCUGUUACAGAUGGACUGAAGAGGGCACUGAAGUGCUUUGGUAAUGCUCUUGGGAAUUGCAUCCUGGACAAAGACUACUUGCGAUCAGUGAAUAAGCUUCCUCGCCAGAUGCCCCCAGAUUUUGAUUUGAGCAAUGCUAAAAGACAGGAUUUUGAGCCUGCUAUAGAAAAGGCAAGAUACAAUAGCUGCUUGAAGAAGACAAGCGAAGACCACCAGCAGUUUUCUACAGCGACUCCUGUCAAAACUGAGCAGUUAGAAUCUUCUUUGAGUACUGCUGAACAAGAUCAGCAAAGCAGUGAGGUCUUGCUGAGUGAUGCAACAUACUACCGGAAGUUGCGGCAGAAACAACUUCAGCAGCAGUUCAGACAGCAGAUGCAGAAGAAACAGCAAAUCCAGUCCACUACUCCAGUUUGUGAACCUAGAGAUCAAGAAGCAUGUGCUCUUCCUGCUAUUAAGCAUAGCACUUCAGCACAGCUGGAACCCGCUGUGGAAGAGGAGUUCCUUGCAGAUGACCCUGAGCUUUGGGACUUAUCUUUGGAGGCCACUGACCUCAGUGUUACCAAUCACAGCACGGCAGCUGCGCCAGCCCAACACCCAGGCACACCUCGUGGGCAGUAUGACAUUAUGACACGCAGCAGAACGCCACAAAAAAUAAAUAACCAGAGGCCCUGUGCAAAACCUGCCCUGCAGCAUCCCUCUACUAGCCCUCGACCUCACAUACCAGCUGAGUGCAGCCCAUACAGAAGGAGCCAAGGGAUAAAGAAGAGAAGGCUGGAGCCUGCAUAGCGGAAGCCUACGAAGGAAUAAGUUGCUGCCUGGUGCCAUGCAAACGUUAAGUCUGGUAUCUUAGGCAUACGUGUGCAAAUCUUUUGAAAUAUGCUCAAGUAUGGCUGUAUGUGAUAGAAGCUCAAAAUUAGCAGGCAUGCUAUGUUUCUACAAGAGUGGAGAAAAAGCACAGGUUGUGGAAUUUAGUUUUCAGAUAAUUUCAAGUUUUGUUUUGAUAAAAAAAAACUUUCUACCCCUUAUUGUUGCAAAAGAUGUGCUUCUGCUGAAGUCUCAGAAACCAAAUAAUAAAAUUUCAAGUAUUAUUUAAAUAUUUGGUUGAAGGCACCUGCGCUCCUUCAAACUCAAAUGACUUUGUUAACAAUGAUGCAAGUGGGAGUAACAAGAGCUCACUAACAAUUGUUAAGCUUCGGGCACAGGGGGAACCAAGGCCAUUUGAAAAUGAAAAACCACAGCUCAACAAAAGCAGGUUUGGUUUAUUUGAAUGAUUUCAUUAAAUAUCUACAAAGAAGGUAACAAACUGCAGCACAAAGCGCAAUCAUACAGGAAGCGCAAUGCCUGGAUUUAGUGCAAAACAUACCAUUAACUACGGCCAGGGAAGCCCAAGGUUUGAAUUCAUUUUAUUUUAUUUUUUUACAGUGUACAUUGUUAAAUAAUGUAAAGAAAACAUCUGUAAUUCAGAAACAGAUCUUGUGGAAAAAGGUAUUCAAAGUGUAAUAACACAAAAUAAUUUAACAGUUCAGUAGCAUUAGUUAAUUCCUCUAGACCUCAGUUAUUUCAUCCACAGGAGGGAAAUCAAUGGUAAAUAAAACCAGUACUUGCAUAACUAAGUGAAAACUUGACCUCAAACAUAUGAAACCAAAAUACUAACCUUGUGCAACACUCAGCUGACUAGAUCCUCUAACAUUAGGUGGCAUCUUUUCAUCCAUUGCUCCUUCCUGCUUUUUGCACAUCAAGCUCACCUUGAAUUUCCCAUCACACCUGUGAGGACUUCUUUUUUAAGUCUGAAAAGUUGUUGAAUCCCAGCCACCUAGGCUUCCGUCUUUUCUUUUCAGCCACUGGGUCCAACUCCUACCUCUGCCUGACAAAACCACUGUAAACUUCAACUUGAGGCGAAGGGAUGAAAAGAAAGACAGACGUGCAUAUGUUUGAGGGAAGAGUGAAAGAAAUACAGAAAGAACAAAUGUCCUUGCUAACUUUAGAGGACUUCUAGGGGUGGGGAAAGAGAAAACAGACUUCCAGACCAAGCAGUAAAGCUGCUUCCAAGUCCAAAGCAGAAGUACUUUGACUUCACAGCCUGCUGCUGCAAUGCAAAGUAAUACUAGUUGGUUGCAGUUAUUUCAUUUGAUCAGGGAACCAGUAUUUUAAGUUAGAAAGAGGAAGGCGAGUAGGAGAUAUAGAACACCUACUAAAAGGCAACACAGUUAGUUACAGUCCUGGUACCAGUUUUAAGUCCUUUAGACAUAGAAAGAAAAAGUUGUUUUUGAUGCUGGCUGUUUCAAGUGUAUCCAUCUUUAGCAAUGGAUGCUGCACCAGGAAGAUGUGUUCCUGGCCUUUCAGGAUUGGAUUGACAGGCAGGGCAGGGGGGGAGGAAAUCCCAGCAAACACCCUCCCUCUCCAGAGUGAUAGCUCCAAUCCCUUAACAUACAUUACCCUUACUAAAAAAACCUUUAUAGCUUAAAAGUCAACCCACCCAUAGGUGCUGACCCCUUCAAAGAUGUCCCUCUUUCUCCCAACUUCCCCUAUUCUCAGCAACCCAGCUUCUACUCUGGUCACUGUGUCCAUUCUCUUCAGCACCUCCGCAUAAAUCCCUCACUGCUGCUGCAUCAGCCACAUCAGUUUCCCCCACCACUCCAUAGCUUUACUCUUCCAACACAAAAGCUGCAAUAGCUCCCCCUCCAACACCUACUCUCGACACUAUUACAGUAUAAGCAUCCAAUGUGUUAUGCCUUUGGUAUUCCAGUGACUAUACCCAAAUAACCUCCCUCUGCCUGGCGAAAGUCUGCUGGGAAGGUGAUGCUAACUGUAGAAGCAAUAAAAAGUCCAAGGCACUAAAAUAUCCAGCAAGCAUACUGGGAGAACAGACAAGUAUUCAAGUACAUUAAUUUAUACAAUUAUACAUUCACAUUUAUCUAAUACAAUGAAAAUACAAAGGAAAAAAGUUAAAGUGUCUCCAAUAAGUAUCAGGAUAUAGCUAGCUUUCCCCCAUUUUUUUCCUUUUUAACUGUUUAACCCUCUAUACGCCACUCAUUUUUUUUAACUACUGUUGUCCAACAACAUUUAUAUAUCACAGUGUUUCCACAUCAAAACUGAUGGUAAGUACAUGUCCGCAGGGAACUUUUUAAAAAAUUUGUCUUCUAAACAAUUUAAAUUGCUCUAAUGCUGCAGUCAAAGCUGUUAAUAUCUUUUACUUAAAGCAGUAAUGACCUAUGUCAAAGCAUGGGCUGUUCUGCAAUUCCACUUGUGUGCCCCAUCAGCUCAGGAACUUCGGUGUGAUGGUCUGACGGAAGGAAGAGACAUGGAAACAAUGGACAGCUCUCCUCCCUCCUCCCCCGGCUGAAUUCCUCAGAGCAAGACAAAUGGCAUACUAAAGAUUCAUGCUAAAACUAACAACAAUUCUCCCAUCUCAACCCAUGUAGAUUCAGCAUCUUAAGCCAAAUGAAUUUUACAGCAUGAAGCCCUUGGCUUGUGUGGUAGCUUUCAUCUUUACACACCUGCCACAGACGAGAGGAAGCUUGUCCCAUUGUGGAAGAUCCUGAUCACUCUUCUCCCCAUAUUCAAAAUGGAGGGCUUUUCUUACGGAGAGCAGAGAGCAAUGGUUAGAGGAGGAAGUUCACCACCACCCCUUUGGGCACUAAUAGCCAGUUCACUGCAGCCUAGUGGUUGAUUCAGGGCCCCAUCUCCCCCCUCAAGUCUACCCAGCAGCAUGCCUGGGUCUCAUUAAGUGGUCCGCAGAUUAGAGCCAGGGGGGUUGCUGAUGGAUUUCUGCAAGUUGCUGAUGUUGAAGCUUUGCAAUGAGGUGGCACCUACAGGCUGGAACUGGCCUAAAGGCUGCUGUGCUGGACCACCUGUCCCACUCCAGGGAGCUACAAAGGGCACUGCUGGGUAACCGUAUGGCUGAGGGGGGCACAUGGCCUUUGUGAAGUGACCUAGGGAGGUAGCUGACGCAGCAGAGAUGGGUGUAGCACCGAGGGAGGAUGUCAUCGAGAUGCAGAGCUGACCUGGUGCGGAGAACUUCCUUGCCAUUCCUGGGCCCUAAAAACAAAACCCAACCCAACAGGGUAUUUCAGAAUUGCCAAACAAUGUUAAAACAGGUACCUUAGAGGCUUCUCCCUCAGAAAUGUGUCAGAUCCUUCCAUGAAGUCGGCUGAGUGCCUAUGACCAGACACAAUGCCCCAAGCAAGUACUUACCUCAUAAUUGCCAUGCCCCUUGCCUCCUUUCUUGCCAGAGAGGCUCAUGGCGUCACGAGCCCAGUUGUCUACUAGCUUGUGCAGGUCAUCUGUAAAGGUCCCUUUUCGACUGGACGCAGGAGGCUGAGACUGAGGUGCCUGGCUGUUCACUGUACCCGCAACAGUGUUUGUACUGCUGGUCCCUAGAAGAGCAAACCAAUGGCUGUCAUUUAAACCUGACUGUAUGAUAGUUCCUGAAGGUCAUCAAAACUACAGCUACAAUGGAAAAAUAGGAGAAAGCAAGAGUUUAAAAAAGCCAUGCACAUGAAUUCUACAAUUCAGUACCAGGACAUAAUGAAGAGGAAGGGAUUUAGGGCUCAGCUAGCAGUUUCACUCCUAUUAGGUUAAUCAUGUAAUUGUGUGUUAUUUUCCAGAUCAGUGGGUGGUCUGCAACGUUGCCAUUUUCCACUGAGGAAUGAACUAGCUUUUGGUAUCAAUGACAGGUCCAUGAUUAAUAGGUUCCUCUACAUUGUCAACAAGCACCUAUUAUAUCAAGUUAAUGCUACUGCCAACUCUGCCCACUCACUCAGCAAGGACAGCUGCUCUGCUCUGCAGAUGGAAACUAAAAAAGCCCCAGGGACUUGUUAUUGGAACGAGACAUUGUAUUAUGGGCAGGUACUUCCAUCUGCAUGAAUGUACCUGAACCUGCUGGCUUACUGUCCAAGCACAACAGUGCCAAAGGGAAGCAGCAAACAAUCAACUGGUGCUUCCAACUCAGAUGGCAGCUUCCAGGAGAACCUGCACAUUUGGGUUUCACACCACACAGAACUUUAUACAGUUCUGCAAAGGGAAAUGCAAGAACUGUUUCAAUUUAGAAUAUGGCACCUGGUAGGAUCAAAUCCUAAGAAUAAAGGGAAAUCCAAAGUAUCCAAGUUUCUUGAUGGCCAUUCUAUAGCAAAUCUGUAGUGGAAUGGUGUGAAAAAGUUGUUUUUACUUGUCCAAAAUGGUUAUUCAGGAAGCAGAAACCUAAAUGCAAGAGUUCAAGAGUGUCAAGAACCCCACAUGUGCUAUGAAACAAGCAACAUGACCACUGAGAUAGGACACUGUCUCCAAUGUAUAGAAGCCAAUGAGCCCACUGCAUUGCUCAAGACUGUACAAGAAGUGCAUUUGGGAAAGCCUGAAGUACAAUUCAAGUCCACUGAAAAGGCUUUCCUAUUUCAACACAAGAAAGGAGUGAAGGUACAACUUGAUGCAAAACAGCUUAGGAAACACCAAUUAGACCAGUAGAAGGUAACACAUUAAUUCCACCCGACUUGCUCCUGGGGCUGUCAAAAUAAUGGAAUCAAAGCUUUAAAAGAAGUCAAAGAGGGAACCAAGAGUUCCCACUGCAAAAGACUCAAAUUAAAAACUGAUAAUCCAUUCCCACUGCUCAAUAACUUUCUGUCAGAAGCAAAGUCAUAGGUACUGGCAACUUAACUGGACCCAUGAUUCCUUGGGAUAAAAGUGGCCUCCCUGAAUCCAAGCCAGAUCAGACAAGAAUUCAAAACAUUAUAAUUAGUUAGAGCAACUGAGCAAGGUGCCACUGCAUUGUGAAAUACAAACAAGCAGAUAAAACUAGCCAAGGUGGUGAAAGACGCAGCAGUCCCCCCCCCCCAACAAAAAAACUGUACUAAAUAAGUUGGGAGUGGUGCUCAUCCACAUGCAGGGAAGAGGAAGGAGGAAGAAUCCUCUGCCCAGGUGAGAGGAAGGAAUGCAGAGCUAAUAGUAAUAAGAUCGUAACUGUGUAACAUGCAAAGGAAACUAUACUUGUGAUGCAACAAAAUUCAGCCAUGUAGUGUGAGAAACUGGAACAGAAACACACAUCUAAGUAAAAAAAACAACGAGCAGCCUGAAGAAUAGUACAGGGAACAGGCAAUAGAGAUUUUUAAAAAGUGGUGGUAAGAAUCUUGAUACAUGGUACCAAUAAAAAUACCAGUGCAUUCUCCUGACAACAAUUUCAUGCAGGGACCAGCACAUAUCCAUCAGCCCCUUCCUGAUGGCCAGAAAACACAGCUCUUGUUGGUAAGUGUAGUGCCCAGACACUGCCCUGCUUGCAUCUCUAAGCUAAAUAGUAAAUUGGGGGUGGGGAGAGAGUUUCAAUCCAGAAGGGUCUGUUAAUGUUUGGCUUUUUACUUUACAAGCUGUUGAAAAUGCACCAGAUUGUUUCAGGAACCCUCUAAAACAAAAAUAUAAGAGGGAAUAUUAUAUUAAAUGUGAGCUGAAUUGAAAAUACUCUUGUGUCUGGUUUAUUAUGAAGCCAGUUCUCGAGACACUUCAUCUACUGAACCAGCCAUCAAGAAGAGUCUGACGAGCACUUGGGGUCAGUGACCAUAGAAAAAAACCUCCCUCCAAUCUUGCUCAGUCACAGCAAACGUUACAGAAACUUAUUUCGACUCUUCAUACAACUGAACAAAUGCAGAGGCUUUAUCUGGCCCUGUGGGUCACACCACUGCACACGCCGCUGCCCCUUCCCCACCAUAACGCUGCCAAUUUGCUUCACUCCCAUUUACUGACUCUUCAUUGAUGACGACACUUUGUCCUGUUGCGUUGUCCUGUCUCUAAGACAUCUGGGUCCUUGCCCUUCCUCUUAGUAAGAUAUGGAAGCUCCUUUUGAAAUUGGGUCAGUGCUUAGGGCAAACCCCUUUUGCUAUGAUCACUGCACACAAAGCCCAUGAACGAGGGAGAUUUUGCCUUCUGACCCAAAAUGCUGCAAAUUACUUGUGCUAAUGUACACUUUGGCAUCAUUACUCGUCAGCAAGGAGGACACAGGUAGACUGAUAGUCAAAACAUGCCAUUCCAGCAAGGAACUGCCGUGAGGUGGCCAGGCUUGUUGCAGUGUUAGUGCCAUAGCUGCCAAGUUAUCCCUUUUUUAAAGGGAUUUUCCCUUAUGCUGAAUAGGCUUCCUCGCGAGAAAAGGGAAAACUUGGCAGCUAUGGUUAGUGCUGAAACAAGUUAGAAAGGGACACAGAGACAGAUGCUGUGCUUAAGACAGAUUCAGGGAGGUUAAGCUUCAGAGAUCAGAGGAAAACUUAAACACAGCAGUUUGGCAGUCAGAGUUCAGAAGUAACCAAAAUGCAAUAAUUACUACAGAGCUGGUUGCAAGGGCAGACUUUUUUCACCAUCUUCCCUGAAGCACAAAGAGAAAGCAUUUUGUUAGGGAGAAACAGUGAGAAACAUUUAGUGUCAAGCAAACAGCACAAAUAGCCUGGUUAUAAAGAGGGGAGAAUACAACAGGACACUGUCCCUUGGUGACACUGCUUUUGAUUCUUUCAGGACUUUUCUAGCAAGACACACAGUGGCAACUGGAGGAGCUGCAUCAAUAUUCACAUUUAGUUUAUGCACCUGUAUUUCUCACAUGUAUUAAGAUUGUGGCCUAAUCAUUUCAUCCAAUAUUAAGUAGGUUUUGGUGAGUUAGACUGAGUGAGUCUCAGACAACAGUUCAGGUACUCUUACUGAUUGGAGGAAACAAAGCUUCAGUCCAGUUUGAACUGAAAGUCAAACGAAUCCUGAACUGAACACUGGACUAAAUCUUUAAUUUAUGCCCAGCUGAUCAGAUUUCUCCUGACUGAAAAAGGAAUGGCAUAAAAACUUCCCGCAGUUUUGAGAGUACAUUAUAAUGGCUUGAUUGUGACAUUCUCUGAUUCCCUAUUUCCUGGAACAUCAGUGCCACCAGAGGUAGGGAAAUACCUGUUGAAUCUCUUCCACUUUUUCUCCAGCUAUCAAGAAACCCACCCAUUAAUUGUGCCCAGUCGUCUAACUUCUAACAGAAAACUUUUCCCACCGUCCCAGAAUCUGUGAUAGGAGGUCGGGUCAAAAUCCAGUAAAACAAGAAACCUGUAAACAAACUGAGCAUCGAGGCAAGCCGUGCUUCCACAAGUGCUGCCUUGUUUUACAGGACAGCUGCAAUAAACUGAGGGUACUGCACAUAUGCCAUUACUUCCAGAGACCAAAGUAGCAUUUUCUGUCUCCCCAUCAUGGAUCUUAGUUCACAAAGGUACCUCCCGUUCAGCAGCCACAUUAAAACUAGAGCAGGUGUGCAGCAAGAUUAGCCAUAUCCUUGCUAUUUAUUAAUUAUCCACCACAAUAACAAAGGAUGACUAUGCCUUGAUCUCUUCUUAAUCUUUUAUUGCAAUUUAAUGUUUUCUGGGAGAAGCUAGUUCUUAGUCCUGGCUUUAUCAAUAUUUUUUGAAGAUCCUUCCAGAUGUGCCUUAUACUGUCCACAUUAAGAUUUCCAGUUAAUAAGCCUGAGAUGGGGAGAAGAGCUGCAUGUUGUUCUGCGAGAGUUUUUAUUAUGGGGGCUGGCCAGCCACCCUAUAGAACCUUAUGGACUGAAAGGCAGGAUAUACUUUAAAAAAGAAUAAAUAUGUAUGACUUAAAGAGUACACUCCAGUUGCCCCAAGCAACUAAAAACCAAGUACGAUGAGGCUAAAGCAGUGCUGCAAGUUCAAAUCCUAAAAGGGUAGUUUCUUAUCAUCUUAUGAUUUUCAUUGCAGCUGUCCUUGUGCAAGUCUGUCUUGGAAUCUGCUGCUCGGCUCAUUAGGUACAGGCACAGAAAAAUCCCUGGCGUGGCUGAGCUGCUGCUCAGUGUACAUGGACAGAUGCUCUUCAAAAAUAGGAUCCAAAGAUCCUGCUUGUUUUUUUAAGUCUGGGAAGAAGAAUACAAUUUGCACACCCAGGAAAAAAGUAUUCUAUCUGCAGCAUAAGCACACAAUUCAAAGGACACAUGUUGGCAUCUUUCUGUCUUGAGAGACAAUGGAGUGUGCCUCUGGGGGUGAACUCAAACUGCUGGAGAAUCACAGCACAACCGACCCAUCCAUUUCCACCUAUUUCCAUCACCCUGUCUAGUUCAGUAGAGGCUGGAGACAGACCCAAUCAAAUGUAUGGAGAACAGCUAUUCUUAGAGCUCAAUUCCUUUGGCUAUAAUUUUAAAUCUGUUUAUUAGGUCUAUAUAUAUUACCUGUUAAGUUCCUUAUAGUCCUUUAAACGCCAUUAAUUUCAGAAGUGUAAUGCACACUCAUGUACAGCUCCAGCAAAGCAGGCUGAACAUGUUUUUAUACUCUGCAAAGACAGUGUGCCAAGCAACACAUGAGAUGCUGCACAAAAAAUAUUUAUGCUGGAAGCAUCUUAAUCUCAAUUAUUAAGGGAUUACAUUUCCCUUCCAAAGCACAGGAAGAGAGAAGGAAUACCCUUUCUCAAACAUUGGCCCUUCCCAUUCAAGAAUACAUUCCCACAAGUCACUCUUCUAACAAACUGAUGAAGCAUGAAGUAGGUUUUGCAUGUCUCAACCUGAAUAAGGCACCCAUAUGCUAAGCUGAUCAUAUCUCUAUGCAACUCAUGAGCUAAUACAAAUAAUCCCUUCCCAGGUUCCUAUUUUAGUCAAGGGAUGGGGACCUUAAACAUUUUCCUCUGCUAAGAAUUGAGCUGGUGGGGUAAGGUAGCAAAAAAAGCAAGCAAUUCCCCCCAACAGGAGUAACAACACGGUACAAUGCCCAUAGCUCCAAAAGUAGAUACUAGUCACAUUGCUAUCUGGAUUGUCUUGAUUUCAAGUCCUUUGGUGGAAAAGCAGCAGACAUCUGUCAUGGGUGCUUUAGCUGAGAUUCCUGCAUUGCAAGGGGUUGAGCUAGAUGACCCUUGGGAACCUUUCCAACUCUACAAUUCUACGAUUCUAUGAAGUGUUCUAUCAUGAGCACCAAUUCAACAGUAGACACAGCCCUCAACCCUGAAUUGCUGCUAUGCAUGUUAAAGCAGUGUGACAGUCACUGCCACAUACACACUCAGCCCAAACAAAUAAACAGCUGGCUGUGCCUCUUCAGAGUUAUGCAAACUGGCCCAGGUCUGCACAGAGCCCCAGCUGAACCACUAGGAAAGGUUUCAUCAUGGCCUUCCCUGCAGUUACUACAGGGAAGACGAUAAACUGAGGAAAGGAGUUUGCUACCCAAAGCAUCAUUAAAACUUGAAAAACAUAAGCCACUAUCAUCAUAGCCUUUUGGCUGAGCAGCACAAUAUUUUUUUAAAGACAGCUUUCUGGAGGAUAAGAGCAACUCAGCCAAGCCCUGGGGUUGGAGAGACACAAGAAGGCAGAUGUGAAUGGACAGCAUGUGACAACAGAUCCAAGUAGCAGAAAACAAAAAGACGAGGAAGGAGUAAAGGUGUUACACACAAAGAGCCAAGCAGGGCGUACUCAGAAAUCGGGUCCUCCUGCCACCAGGCUUGAAUGUCACCCGCUCAGAUGCACAGUUAAACUUCACACACCCUGUGAUAAAACAAAAAUAAAAGAGGGGAAGAACAAGGAGAAGAGAAGAGAGACAGAACACAACUACAAGAUGUUAGAAAACUCUUUAAGCUGGUGGUGAAAUGCACUAGUAAGACACGAGAGAAAAGAACCUCACCGGUAGAGGAGCAUUUGCAAGACACAAGGAGCCAGGACUCUUCUGUCCCCCACCCCCACUCCCAAAACCAUGUUUGUUUCCUCAACUGGAACAGAGCUAUCCUCCAAUAGUUAAUCCAGCAGGAACAGGGUUGCAUGCCACAAGUGAUAUAAAACAGCUAAUGCACACAUUGACAUAAUACAUUGCACAACUUGAAAGACACAUGAGGUGCAGGUUAGUAGGGCUCAUAUGGUUAAAAAGGAAUGAGCAGAAGCUCCCUUCUCAAUAGGAAGGUGACUUGGAAGAAGCAGUAGCAUAAUCUAUUCUUGUAUUGAUAUACCCACCUCCUUGUCUUGAAGCAACAUACUGCUACUCCACCCACACCAUUAAUGUGUGUGCCAGAAAUGAGUAUGUUAUGCAUGCAAACUGCAAAUUCAAAUAUGGUCUCUCAAGGACCAUGAUAAACUUCUAACUUGUGCAAGUAAAGUUGACAAGCUCCCAAUUUAUCCAGGGAGAACAUAUUGCACUAUCUGCCUCAAGCUUUUCCCCUCCAUCAUCUCUCCUUGAUGUGGAAGGUGCAAAAACAUACAGGGCAACCUUCACUGUCAUAUCCUUAAUUUUACUUGCCGGAGUGUCCCAGGCCUCACAGCUUCAUCCUACGAAGGAGAUAAUCUGAAAUGUAGCAGGAUAUUUAAUCCCCCACCUCAGCCCCCAGUCACAUUUCUCUCCAUGCUGCUAAUCUACAAUAUUUACCUUGGCCUGGCGCAGAAAUGGCACCAUCACUAGUAAAGGCAGAGUAGAGGUUCUCACUAGAAGGAGAUGGUUUCAGAGGCUGUAACAGAUGGUUCUGCCCUGUCUCUUGGACAGUGCCAGGAGGGUGGAGGGUCUGCUGUUGGGGCAAGACCGAAGGUGCACUCUGAGCAGACAGAUUGCCUAGGGAGAAAGGGAAGCAAAUCAGGACACUGGCAACAUGAUGGGUACUUAAGUUUUCCCAUCCCAAAUGCACAGUGUUCAUAUUUCACUUCUUAAGGAUGACCUCUGCUGGCACAUAAAAGGAAACUCUAGAUCAGGGGUAGGGAAUUGGAUCCAGUUGGGGGGGGGGGAGUUGGGGGUUACCCCAACUCCAGUGGCCCACUGGUGGGUGCCUGCUUUCUGCAGAGACCAGCUGUGCUACCAGGAAACAUGGUAGCAAAUACAAUCCAGUGGGCUUGAAGUUGCCACUCAUCAGUUGACAGGCAGCAACUUCAAACCUGCUUUUUGCAGGGAUAAGCUACACUACACUACAACAGAGACAAUUCCUGCAGAAAAAAGGGCUUUGAACUACCAGAUAUCAGCCAAUAGAACUUCCCAUGCAGGGAUAAACUGUGCAGCCCAAGCCCAGCAGGCUUGCUCUUCCUGCCAAUCCGCUCUUCAGCCAUGACAGCAAAUCUCCCUUGGCAGUCCACAACUGGGAAUGCACUUUAAGGUUCUACCUGCCCCUCACCUGACAUCAAAUCUGAUUAUGUUGUGUGUGCGGUAGGUCAGCAUGGUAUGGAGGGAAAUGGCCUUGUAGGCCAAACUGGGAGCUAUGCAAGGCCUGAUUAGGCCUGUGGGCCAGAGGUUCCCUACCCCUGCCUUAGAUAUUAAACUAGGCUGAAACCAGCAACAGCUAAUGGGAGAAAUGAACACAGGCCAAAAAAUGAAAAGCUUUCACAGGACUGCUACACUGCUGCUUGUGGCUAACAAUGGAAAGAAUAUUCCGUCAACAAGGGCAAUACUCACAAAUUAAGACUCAGCAUCCACCUGUUUCUACUGGGUACGGUAAUGGAGGACUAAUUACUUAUAUUUACAUUCCACGUCUUAAAAGUAAAAUCUACAACGCAGUAAACAAUAAACACCUUAACUGCAUGUCUUCACUGCACAUACACCACAGAAAUAUGCUGCAGGAAGCCUUGCUUUGCCCAAUACAAUACAAUCCCUCAGCAUUUCUUCAGUUUUCAUCUAAAGUCUAAAACGCACAGUGAAAAGGCAAUGGAAUACAACUUUGGUGCUUACAUUUUGUGCAACACUUGAAUGGUGUUGUGGAUAAAGACAGCUGAGUGUAAGCUGAGGAGACCUGGGUUUCUGGGGAUGGGGAACCUCUGACCUGCAGGCAUAUCUUGGUCCAACAGGGCCCCCAAUUUGUCCAGCCAGGCUAUUUCUUCAAAAUCACACCCACCUGCCAACCAGCAGUUGCCACACUGAUGGGCAGGGAGGCACCAGAUGAUUGUUGGGGGCAUGGGGUUGCCUUCGGUUUUAGCUGCGCAAACCAGUUCUCCACAGGGAACUGCAGAAGAAUUUAACUUUCUGGUCAUCAGCUGAUGGAGAGGGGAGUUAAAUCUUGCUGAGAACCUUGCAGAGAGCAGAACUGGAAGUCUCCACUCAUCUGCUGAGGAGUGGAGACUUCAAUCCUGCUGCAUGCUGCUUCAAAGCACAGUGCAGGGCUGUUGGAAAGCCCUUUUACAAAGAGCCUCAAGCUGCUACUUAAACCUCCAGUUUUCCCAGGUUUAAAGACUGUUUGCAAAACACUUCCCUGCAGCCCUGCAGUGUGCUUUGAAGGGUUUCAAAGUGCAAUGUCACAUGGCAUCAUAAUGAUGUCAGGUGAUUGAGAGGUAGGCACCCCGCACACCUGUCAAAUUUGGCUCACCAGGUGUGGGGGAAUAAGGAUUUGGUCAGCCAAGCACAAAAAUAUCCCCACCCCUGGUUCAAGUUGCCAGUGAGACAUAAAGCUCACUAUGAAACAGAAAGCCAGACGCCUGCUUUCAGCUUAAUCUACAUUACAAAAGGAAGAGAGAGGCAGCGAUCAUGCGCACUACUCUGAGCUUCUUGGAGGAAGUGGGAUAAAGAUCAGUGGCAGUUGGAAGGAGAAUUUGCAGUAGGAGAUUUCAGAGUAGCCAGUCGAGCCCCUAUUAAGCAGCCCAUAUUAAACAAAAAGUCACAAGACACUACACAAAGCCAACUUACCCAACCCAUGGCCAUUUCUAAAGUGUCUUACCCAAAAUUUGAGGGCUCUUGUUACCCUGGGAGCUGCUGCGGCUGGAUCUGCUGCCUUUUCCUUUAGUGGGUCUUCUUCGCCUGCCUGACAGAGGAGCGGCAGGAGGGAUGAUUACUGCUGGGGGUACCUUGCCCAGUUUUGUGUAAAGCAGUUCAAUCUCCAUCUUUUGACGACUUUGAAGCUCUUGGAUCUCUUUAAGGUGCCUAAAUGAAUAGGAAAGGAAAUAUGUGUCACUUUUCAUACCACUAUAUCAUCCCAAUAAUGGAUGGACAAGAUGUGAACCCAGAUUAGAAGUUAUUUAUCUAGGCAGUAUCCUAUAUAACUAGGGCUGCACACAGUAUGACAGUGGAUUACCACCCUCUCAGAGGAGUGCUCCAAACAGCAUGAAACAGUGCAGGGCAGUUCAGGGCACGCUAGGAAAGUGGGAGAAGCACGUGUUUCAAGAACUUUAAGGUUUGGCCUAUAUAUUAAUAUAUGGACAGAUGGUUGAUACUUUAUUUAAUUGUGUUGAUUUAUUUCCCUUGUGCUUCAUUAUGUUUUAAUCACUGCAACCUACCCUGAGUCUGGUUUUUUUUUUAAAAAGAAAUAAAUAGAUAAUACACUAAGCUCAUCAGCCCAAGUCAGCAUGGCCAGUUGACAGGGAUGAUAGGAACUGGAGUACAAGAACAUCUGGAAGGUCACAAGAUCCCCACCCCUGGCUUCAGAUCCAUUUUUCUCUCUUGGCUCAACUGCCCAAAGUAUCCUGGAAGCCCAGAGGUUCUUUCCAGGCAGUUUUGGAACUGUUUCUCUAAUUCUUUUAUGAACGCCAAGGCCUCGUGCCUCCCCCCAACACAGCGUCACCCGGGAUUCACCACUCCGGUCUCCCGUCACGCUGAUGUGGUCCAUAUCCAGGGACAUGAGCACAUGACAAGCAGAGUUCAAAACAGAAGCUCAGCCUUGAGGAGUAACAUCUAAGCCUAAUUUAUUGCAAAUUAAAUCAAACGUAACCGAAAAAAGAAAACAUGGCUCCUCUCUGUCUGUCUUCCUCGGAGAGACAGCUGCAAAAGCAAAAGUUAUAUAGAGCGGAAACAGCGUAUCUCAAUUUCCUCUCACAAGACUCCAACAAUUAGUGCUGGAAUGUAAACAGACAUGUGACAUGUAAUUUGCAAUUAGCUAAAGCAAGAAAGCCAGAAGCAUGGGAGCUCUGUACUAAAUUUAGUCCACUCAUAAAACACUAAAGAGCUAGACUGUCUAGUCCACUCAUGCAUUUUUAGCACCUAAGACUGAAUAGUGUCCCAGACAUCUCCAGUUCAAAUCUUGCUUCUGCUGUGAACUCUCAUCCUCAGCUGCCUAUCCGUUAAUAAGGAGAUGUUAAUUGCAAGGAAGCACUCAUUUCGCUAAAAAAAGGGACGAAUAUUGUAGACCUCACUAUACAAAUUCCCUGCAAGUGUUGACUGCAGAUAACUGUUUUUAGUCCCACUACACAAGAUAAAACUUUCAAUCAAGUAAUGCUUCUACUCAUUAUGUCCUAUUUGAAAAGUCGGGGGGGGGGGCUUACUUCUCUCGCAAUUGACGCAGCUCGCACUUCAAGUCUUCAUCUUCUAUGUCUGACUCAUUAUCACUGCUCAUGUAGGAAGAGUUGAAUGAGUUGCUCAGGCUCUGAACUGGAAGACUGAUCUUUGACCCAGGUGGAUGGAGAGAAUCUGGACUCCUUGAGCCAUCAUCUCGCUCCUUAGCUGCACCACUCAGGAAGGCAGCUUCCAGCUCAGACGAUGGCCCAUUCAGGUGCAGAGAAUGCCUUCUCCCUAUAAGCCCAGGUUUAGGAGUUGUGACAGGAGAAGAAAUAUGCUCAGAGCUUGCAGGCAGAGGGACUAUUGCAGGGACCUCUCUCUCCACACAGGUCACCUCAUCUUGAGUUUUAGACACAGAAAACCGGCCCACUUGGUCUGUUGCUGUUGUCGUCACCUGGAAACGCCCAACCUUGGUUGGCUGCAAAUGAGAGGUGGAA